AUGCUAGAAAUCCAUGAAGCGACGCCCGCCGACGCCCAGGACCUCGCAGAGGUAUUCUUCGCGGCAUUCUCAGAUCCUUUCAACAGAACCAUGUUCCCGCCCACAGCAGAAGUGAAAGGCUGGAUAGCUGACACCUUCUUUAACGCAAAGGGACUUGCAUCUGAACAUGAGGUUACCUUGACGGCGACAGAUGAUAACGGAAAGCCCGUGGUAUUCGCGAAAUGGGUACGCCCCUAUCACGCCGCUGCAGAUCUCGAUCUGCAGUCUCAUGAUGCCGUGGGCGGGUGGCCUGUGGGGAGUGAUAAGGAUCUCUGUGAAUCUUUUUUUGAAACUAUGAGUGACCAUCAUCAUAAGUUGAUGGGAGAUCGGCCUCAUUAUUAUCUUGAGCUGUUGGGUGUACAUCCCUCUUACCAGGGAAAGGGUCUUGCUUCCAAAUUGUUGAAGUGGGGAUUGGCCAGGGCGGAUGAAGAGGGUGUUGAGGUUUAUCUUUCCAGUUCUCCGGAUGGGAAGUUUGUGUAUGAGAAGAAUGGGUUCAAGUCCUACGAGUCAUUUUCGCCAUUCCCUGGGUACGAGCAGUUAGAUAUGGUUCGGCCGGCUCAGCAAUAG